AUGAAAAAGGAGAAGUCUACCUUGACAGUAGAAGACAACCUUCUUUUAACGCACGCAGUGGCAUAUGACUUGGCUAAUUUGGGUUUGGCCGAGAAACGGCUGGCCCUGAACCUGCUUCAGGUGUUCGAAGAGGCGCGGAGUGCGGAGCGGGGGUUCUACGAGCGGUUAGACAACACGCAGAAGAUUUUCGACGAAGUGGGGGCGGGGAGAACCACUAUGAACGGUGGCAACGGUGGUGACGUCAGUAGUGACAACGCCUCUGUUGGGGGCAAGGGGCCACCUCCCCUUGGAAGACUACCCUCCUCCUCCUUCGUGCAAGUGAAGUCCAAAGGGCCAGUCGAAGAAGAAACCAUCUGGAGAGCCCUUUACGACACGCAACUGAGGAGGUCCCCGCCGAACGAACAGGUGCAUGUGUACUCCCUAGAGAAUAUACAAAAGGAGUUUGAGCAAGCUCAGGCGGAAGCAUUUAUCUCCCAAAUAGCCAUGCUGAAGAAUCAGUUUGAAUUGAAUUUAAGUCACAUGAAGGAGGAGCUACCGAGGGUGAAAAGGUUACACGAGGCUGUAAGUGAAGAACUCGCUUUAGAGGACAGAGUGGGAAAAGGGGGGCUAUCGCGUGGGAGCUACCAAAACGGUGCCCUCAGGGGGAGAGAAGCUGGGAAGGCAGAAAGCGGAAUGAAGGUUCUCUGUUAA